AGACAGAGAAGUGCACCGCUAUGUGCUUUGAAAAACAUCAGUCAAUCCAAUCAGUAGGGCAAAAAGUUCACUCUUAUUUUACACGUUAAGAUUGUUAAAUAAUAUCUGUCAACUAGCCUAGAGCUUAGGUUUUAUCAGAAGAGGAGGAGGGAUGGGAAAGGAUGGCCUGUAGUGUGUCUGCGUGAGCAUGCAGUGAGCCCCCCAGCCUCUCCGUGAUUCUGGGGAUGCCAUCGAGGGUAGUAUGAGAGCCCAGCCCUUCUCCAGAUUCAAAGUGGUGUGGUCAUUUUCGUAAGGGAAGUCAGCUGUGGCAGAGCUGGCCAUGUCACGGGUCCCCACGCCCCCUCCCCCGGGGGAGAUGACAGCAGGACCUGUGGCAGAGAGCUGGUGCUACACACAGGUGAAGGUGGUGAAGUUCUCCUACAUGUGGACCAUCAACAACUUCAGCUUCUGCCGAGAGGAGAUGGGUGAGGUGCUUAAGAGCUCCACCUUCUCCUCGGGCCCCAAUGACAAGAUGAAAUGGUGUUUGCGUGUGAACCCUAAAGGGCUGGAUGAAGAGAGCAAAGACUACCUUUCACUGUAUCUACUGUUGGUCAGCUGCCCCAAAAGUGAAGUCAGGGCCAAGUUCAAGUUCUCCUUACUGAAUGCCAAGCGAGAAGAGACUAAAGCCAUGGAAAGCCAAAGAGCAUACCGCUUUGUCCAGGGCAAGGACUGGGGUUUCAAGAAGUUUAUCAGGAGGGACUUCCUCCUGGACGAAGCCAACGGUCUCCUCCCGGACGACAAGCUCACCCUUUUCUGUGAGGUGAGUGUGGUGCAGGACUCGGUCAACAUCUCGGGCCAGUCCAACAUGAACGUGCUGAAGGUUCCGGAAUGCCAGCUGUCCGAUGACCUGGGCAGCCUCUGGGAGGGCUCGAGGUUCACCGACUGCAGCCUCUUUGUCGGGGGACAAGAAUUUAAAGCACACAAAUCUAUCCUAGCUGCAAGGUCACCAGUAUUCAACGCCAUGUUUGAACACAAGAUGGAAGAAAGCAAAAAGAACCGUGUGGACAUCAGUGACGUGGAACCUGUCGUCUUCAAAGAGAUGAUGGGCUUCAUUUACACAGGGAAGGCCCCCAACCUGGAGAAGAUGGCCGACAACCUGCUGGCUGCAGCAGACAAGUACGCUCUGGAGCGACUGAAGGUCAUGUGCGAGGAGGCGCUGUGCAACAGCCUCUCGGUGGAGAACGUGGCCGACAUCCUCAUCCUGGCCGACCUGCACAGUGCUGAGCAGCUGAAAGCACAAGCCAUAGACUUCAUCAACAGAUGUAGUGUGUUACGGCAGCUAGGUUGUAAAGAUGGGAAGAACUGGAACAACAGUCACGCUGCUGACAUCAUGGAGACUGCGGGCUGGAAGGCGAUGAUCCAUUCGCAUCCCCACCUGGUUGCCGAGGCGUUCCGCGCACUGGCGUCUGCCCAGUGUCCCCCGUUUGGCCUCCCUCGGAAACGACUAAAACAGUCCUGACCCCCACUGCCCCCACAGACUGCCAAAAGACACGAGAACCCUCCCCUUUCCUCACACUCCAUUCUCAACCCCGCCCUUCCACCCCACACACACACACACACACACACACCCCUCUCCUCCCCCUGAUGUUAGAGACCAGGUGGGGCAGGUGGACAGUCCCACAAUGCACUCCUCUCAGCCAGAAAGGGGAAGAACUCUUGACAUCAUGGCCGCCUCUGCGUCAGCUCCGCUCCCUGGCUCAGGAAAAUGACAUCAUGGAGCCGCAACUCCACAGGUCAUUUCUAACAUGGCCUUAACUGACCCCCAAACCUUUCCCUCAAACACACACACACGCACACACAUAUACUUACACAGUGUACACACACACACACACACACACACACACACACACGUGUCUGCACACCCCCUCAUCCCCGCCCAUCGUCUCUGUGUGUGACCCCGUGCCUGCCAAGGCUGACUCCAGGCCUCUCCAGAUUGCACUAGUCUCCCACAAUGCAGUAGUUGAAAAUAUGGUGUGGCGCUUUUGUGGACCUUGUCGCACAUCAAGUAAUGGGAGUGAAGGGGGCCCCUGUCGCCCAUCCUAGCUGUUGACCGAUCCUCCCCCCUCUCCCCCUCCCAGACGUGACGGAACAGGAACAGGAGCAAGAUGGUAUUAUGUUACGAGACGAGGCUCUCUGUUGCCCUGGACCAGUCUGAGGUGGCGAUGCUGCUCAUAUUGAAUACAAACUGUUCAAAACUUCCUCAGCGGUGGCCAUAAAAGAUGACACUGAGGACCCGCAUUACAUAUUUGGUUAAAAAAAAUGUGAUGUAUUAAAAGUGUAUGUAAUUAUGGAUAUUACACAUGAAAAAACUGAGAUGUCUGUAUUUUGCACCUCCUUAACUAUUGGGUAAAUAUGAAGAUUUGUUUACCGACUUCUCUUUUGGUUUACAACGUUUUUUUUUGUUUUUUUUUCUCCUUUUUUUGUGUUUCUUCAUGUUGCAUUCUUUCUGAACUUGGUCUUUUUAUUUCCGUUGGAUUCUGCUUUGCUUAGUUGAUCAAACGACUGAGUUCUUUGUCUUCUGAAAAAAGCUGUAUUGUGGUUUAUGAAUUAUUAUGAAUUAUGAUUUCAUGCUUUGAAAUUAAAAUGCAGAAAAAACGUG